GGAGUCUGCUGGCAGAGUAUUUCGAGGAAGUUAUCAGGAAAGUGGAUGAAGACAAUGCAGUGGAUGAUGUCUACAUGGACUUCAGCAAGGCACUUGACAGAGUCUCAUAUGAGAGGUUAAAAAUGACAAGAUAUUUGUCUUCGGGAAUCUUGAACACAACACAACAACAGUUUUGCUGUCACUGUCCAGAUAUUUAAGAAGUGGAGCAAGGGAUUCAAUCAACCAUUCUUCCUUCUCAGACGGUGGGGAGGGAUUCACUUGAUCAUCUUACUGACCGGCAUGUUUGUCAUUUUACAAAGGGCUCAGGCAAGGGGAAUGGAUUCACUUGGUCAUUUCAACUGAAGGUACUUUAACAAGUCCACACUGACCAAGCCAUUCUCCUGUUCUGGGAAGGGAUUCAGUCAUCCUUCCCACCUGUGGACACACCAGUCAGUUCACACUGGGCAGAGACUGGUCACCUGCUGAAUUUGUGAGGAAGGAUUUAUUUGGUCAUCCGACCUAAUGGCUCACAAGCGAGUUCACACUGGAGAAUGGCGGUUCACCUGCUCAGUCUGUAGGAAGGGAUUCCAUCGAUCAUCCGACCUUCAUAGACACCAACGAGUUCACACAGGGGAGAAGCCAUUCACCUGCUCAGUCUGUGGAAAGAAAUUCACUCAGUCAUCCACCCUAAAGAGUCACCAGUCAGUUCACACUGGGGAGUGGCGGUUCACCUGCUCAGUCUGUAGGAAGGGAUUCCAUCGAUCAUCCGACCUUCAUAGACACCAGCAAGUUCACACUGCAGAGAAGCUGUUCACCUGCUCAGACUGUGGAAAGAGAUUCACACAGGUAUCGACCCUACAGAGUCACCAGUCAGUUCACACUGGGGAGUGGCGGUUCACCUGCUCAGUGUGUGGGAAAGGAUUCACUCAGUCAUCUAAACUACUGGCACACCAGUCAGUUCACACUGGGGAGAAGCCAUUCACCUGCUCAGACUGUGGGAAGGGAUUCACUCGAUCAUCCACCCUAUUGGCACACCGGUCAAUUCACACUGGGGAGAGGCCAUUCACCUGUUCAAACUGUGGGAAGGGAUUCACUCGGUCAUCUCAUCUACAGAGGCACCAGCAAGUUCACACAGGGUAGAGGCCGAUCACCUGCUUGGAUGUUGGGAAGAGGUUCUCUCAGCCAUCUCCAGGAAAUGUGCAUCAUUCAGUUCACACUGGGGAGAGGCCAUUCACCUACUGUGAGUGUGGGAAGGGAUUCACUCAGUAAUCUAACUUUGUGACACACUACCGGGUUCACACUGGGGAGAAAGUUUCAAUAAGCUGCAUGCUGGAUAUUUGUCCGUCACCAUUGCUGAAUGCAAUUUCGUGAGUGACUGUCAGUGCUGAACUCUGCAAUUAUUGCUGCUGCUCACCACACCCAGUUCUGCACCCUGGUUACUGGGCAUGGGAGGAGUUUCUUAUGCUGCACAUUCACCUUAAUGGGACUGGAGUUUAAUAUUGUGCAUCUGAGACAAGUAAAUCAGUUCUAUUUUAAACUCUGUCUCUGGUACUUAGUGAAUUUAUAACACACCUAGUAGACAGUCAACUCAGGCCGGGUGGACCCUGCCAGUGAUACUGUUCCAUGACAGUCCAUUUAAAUCCUCCCGUUGUUUAUUUCUCACUUUCCCUGUGGUGAUGGGUUCCAAACAGUCUUCACUCUGUGGGUGAAGAGGUAUCCCUUGAAUUAUCUGCAGACUGAAGAAGUCGAGCUGACUGCCAUUCAGUCUGAAAUGUCUUUACCCCUCAGAUCUCUAGGCUGAGGAAGAAUGUCAUUGGUAGUUAACCUCCUUAUUCACGACUCAUUUCCACAUUAUGGGUCAUUUUCUCUGCUUCUAAAGGGUUAUUGGAAAACACUUCUGUCCUCUAAAGACUGAAAGCAGAAUGGGAAGUCACUAGUUGGAUGUUCAACGGAGCAGGGUCAGAAACCAAAGGCGGGUCUGCACAGGGCAAAGUUUGGGGCUCUGGACGGUGGUUGGAGUAAGAACGUAUGAUGAGGAGAAGGGAAUCAGCAGCGGGGUGUAGCAAUGAAUGACAGAGUAGCAACAUUUGAAAGCCGAUUGACAGAGGAAAUCUUUCGGUUGUCUGACUGAUGACAAAAACAAUACCUGUGGUGAGGUGCUGCACUGAUCGAGGAACCCGUUGGAAAUGGGUUUAUCUAUUGAGGGAGUAGUUCCUGCUUGUUUAUCCUGUAAUAUCCAGAUGGUUAUUUUAGAUUAUACUAUCUGAAAUAAUGUAUUGAUGAUCAUAAAGUUUGUAAGAUUUUGACUCUAAAACUGAAUCAGGCUUGAAUGUAUGGUGCCUUUAUGAACUUAUGAUGGUCUUCCAUGAGUUUGUAUUUUAAAGCAAUAUUUUGGUGAAUGGUAAACACAAAGUACACUGCAGUUGCUGUGGUCCAAUCAACACGUACAAACAAGCUGGAGGAACUCAGUAGUCUGGACAGCAUCCAUGGAAACGAGCAGUCAACGUUUCGG